CGGGAGGACGCGCGUGGAGGCGGCGGCCGCAGAGCAGGAGGGGCGCCGCGGCGGGCGGCCCCGCGGCCCCGGAGCCAUGGGCAAGUGCAGCGGGCGCUGCACGCUCGUCGCCUUCUGCUGCCUGCAGCUGGUCAAGCAGAAGGGUGGCAGUGGCCUCAGCCUGUCUCUUCCACAGGUGGCUGCACUGCAGCGGCAGAUCUUUGACUUCCUGGGCUACCAGUGGGCUCCCAUCCUGGCCAACUUCCUGCAUAUCAUGGCGGUCAUCCUGGGCAUCUUUGGCACCGUGCAGUAUCGUUCCCGGUAUCUCAUCCUGUAUGCAGCCUGGCUGGUGCUCUGGGUUGGCUGGAAUGCAUUUAUCAUCUGCUUCUACCUGGAGGUUGGACAACUGUCCCAGGACCGGGACUUCAUCAUGACCUUCAAUACAUCGCUGCACCGCUCUUGGUGGAUGGAGAACGGACCGGGAUGCCUAGUGACUCCUGUUCUGAACUCCCGCCUGGCCCUGGAGGACCACCAUGUCAUCUCUGUCACCGGCUGCCUGCUGGAUUAUCCCUACAUUGAAGCCCUCAGCAGUGCUCUGCAGAUCUUUCUGGCACUGUUCGGCUUUGUGUUUGCCUGCUAUGUGAGCAAAGUGUUCCUGGAGGAGGAGGACAGCUUUGACUUCAUCGGUGGCUUUGACUCCUACGGAUAUCAGGCGCCACAGAAGACGUCACAUUUACAGCUGCAGCCACUGUACACGUCUGGGUAGCUUCGGUCCGGAGCCUACUCGGCGCCCCGCCCUUGGCCGCUGGACUGACAGCGCCUGCCCGGAGCUCCGGCCAAGGUUGGCGCGCGCCCCCUGGUGUCUCUUGGACCGACUGCAGCCUGCGCGGCCUUACCCGCUGGGCAGCCAAAGGAGCAGACUGGACUUGGCCUUACAGAGCCCUGACUUCAGGGGUGGGUCGGCCGGGGGAGGGGCAUCGCGGGGUUUGUAUUUUUUUUAUCUCAGCCUUGGCAUUUACCAGGGUCUUCCUCCCUUUUCCAGUCCACCCCUUUCACCCUUCAUCCAGUAUCUUGCCCUUGUCCAGAGAGAAAGAGCAGGGCAGACAGACACCCCAUCUCUUCACUCAUUCACCAGCCUUGGUGAGAUCUACUGUGAACUAGGAGCAGGAGUCCUGGGUUCCAAUCGCAGCUCUGUCACUGACACCCGGUGUGAUAUGUGGCAAAGCCCUUGCCCUCUCUGGGCCUCCGUUUCCCUACUCCAAGUAAUUAAAAUAAUCCUUUAGCAGAUGGACUCUUCUAGCCUUCUCCUUUGACUCUCAAUCCCUUGGGCUAGGCUGGGAUUUUAAUCCCCACUUUAAACUGUGGAAACUAAGGCUCAGAGAUGUAAAGUGAUUUGCUUGAAGCCACACAGCUAAACUUGUGGCGCAGAUAGGCCUUGAACAUAGUGUACUUUCUGUAGUUUCAGAUUCCAAAGCCCAGUGCCUUUCUCUGGGUUCCAUUUGUAAGCCCCCGUCCAGCGUGGACACUCUGCCACACACACACUGCACCCUCCACACACACACACACACAUACCACCACCACCACCACCAAAAUGCCAUCAUCUCUCUUAAAGCAAUAUACCCAUCCGUUCUCACAUUGGGAACUGGAUGGACAGAGCCCAAAGCCCUGAAUUCAGCCCAACACCCAGCAGAGCCUUCCUAGAAUUAGCCUCCAUCAACCCUUGACAGGGAAAUGGGGCUUAAGUCACUCUACACCCUGCCACGUCCCUGAGACCAAGUCUGCUGCACCCACAAUCCCCUCCACUGCUCCCCCAGCAACACUGCCAACCCUUGAUGGCUCUAUCCACAUCACCACUGUGGCUCCAGUGGGGAGAUACUGGUCAAUGCCACCUGGAUACCAGUGUUUGCAGACCACCAGCAUUUAUGACCAUACCAGUGUCCGGAAGCAACCCCUUGUAAGCCCAGAAGGGCCAAGUAUAGUGGAGCAUAACUGUAAUCCCAGCACUUGAGAGAUUUAUCACUGUAAAUUCAAGGCCAUCCUGGGCUACACAGUGAGAUCCUGCCUCAAAAAACAAACAAAAAUCUCAGAAUUCUAAUGGAGGUCUGGGUAAUAGAGGUGUGUCAGAAAAGCCAGCACCCGCCCUUCCUGAGGGCAAAUGGAGGUGAGAGCCCUUCUUCCCUACUUCCCUCCAUGUCACCCCUGGGGAUCCUGUGACCUAGCACUGGCUAGGAGAAGAUUGGGGUUCAGCAUCCUAGUCCAUGCAAUGGGAGUGGCCCUGGGUUAUGAAGGAUGAUAGGAGGCAUCAGGAAGGUAGAGGAAACUCAGACAUGAGAUGGUUUGUACACCUAAGCCUGUCUAUGGUGACCAUGGCCCUUUUGAUCUUGGUCUAGAAUGGCACCCCGCCUCACUGUCCCAUCAGCAGUUCCAAGCAGCCAGCCCCCAAGAGACUGGCUACCACGGGUCCCAUGUGGUCAGCCUAACCAGUGCUGAGUACAGCUCAAGAGGAAUCUGUUCUCAUCAGGCCAGGCUACAACCCUGCCACCAGACCAGCCGUUGCCUGCAGCCAACACCCUCCCCUCAUUCUGCAGGCCUCUUCCUACUCAGAGGGUUUAGCCACACAGUGCUCUGGGGCCUUUUGCUUUUAUAAGCUCAUUUAUGUAAGGGGACCAGGUGUUCUCACUGGGACCUUGCUAGGCUGGGAGUGCUCCCCUGGUUUCUGUGCAGGUGAGUUGAUUAAAGAUGGUGUUUUCUUCUCUGU